AUGUUGUUUAUGGGUGACACAGGCCCCGGCGUCACCUCUUGUGCUCAACUAAGUGACAAUUCUGUUGCAGACCGUACAAGGCGUAUUACCUCCAAAUUUCAUCCGCAUCACCAUGAUGGCUGGAAUGGCUCGGUCCGCAGCGAACUGUGGAAUGGAAUCCCGGUUGAUUCCUCAGAGAUCUCCAUUUUUUUAAAAGAGAGUAUGCUCCUCCCUCAUAGGCACGGCGACGUGCUAAAAUGGGCACCGAUGGAUUUCGAUUAA